AUUUCUAUAUAUCAACUCCAUAUACUCGUCAAACAAUGAUUGUCAAUGAAAUCAAUUCCAGCGAAGAAGUUCUACAAAUAGAACAAAUAGACGUUGAAGGUCAAAGAGCAGAGUAUAACCGGAUUCAACAGGAACGUCAAGAUUAUCAGUAUGCCAUGCGAUUUGCUGUUCAUGUAGACCAAGUUGCUGUUCAAGCUCUACCAAUUCCAGCUCAGAGUCCAGAACAUCUUGUUGCUGAGCAUUCAAAUGCGCAAGUUCCAGUUGAUGCGCGACCAAAUCCACCAACACAGAGUCCCGCUCCAAGAGCUGCUCCUGAUCAUGGCCCAGUUCAAGCUCCACGAAAUCUGGCUCAGGCUCUAAACUUGCCCCGACGAGCUCGAGGUAGACCACGCCGAUCAGAUGUAAGGAGGACACGUGAUGCCCAGGAUUCAGUCGCUACACAGCAAGGACCAAAUGCUGAACAAUCCGGAAUAUUGGUCCCGCCAGCUUCCAGACAGCAACCGGAACACUCAGCUACAUCCACAAUUUCUGCUCCACUUUCUCCUGCUUCAUCAACAAAUAUGGCCCUACAAAAUGCUCCGAGCGACCAUGGAGACCAACUCAUAAGGGAUUCUUCAGAAGAUCGUCAAAACGUUCCUGCUCCAAGAAGAAGCGCGAGAAUCGCGUCACAUACGCAAUACCGAACGAGUCCAUAUGUGUCUGCACGUCAAGGCCACAGGCUGGCAAUUGCUCGUGGCAGAGCAGCACCCGGAACCUUGGAUCCAUCAGCUUCCAGACAGUCGAUCCCAUCUACAUCAGAUGCACCUGUUUUAGUUCCGCAUGCUCCUCCUGCUCCACCAUCUCCAACUUUACAAGACUGUGUUAUUUGCAUGGAGGAGCCUGUGAAUCCAAAAGUUUGCCCGAAAUGCCUGAAGAUGAUUGGAUGUGCUAAGUGUUUCAGGUGGUGGACUGUUUUCAGGUGUUGGUGGCAGUCUUCUUUAAAUCCAUCAUGUCCCCUGUGUCGGCUCAAAUGGGAUUCUGCCCCAAAAGUCAUUGCUGCGAAAAAGUUUUACGAUGGCAAAUAGGUGAAAUAAGAGAACAGUGUGUGAACUUUGAAUUUUGAGUUAUACGUCGAAUAAAGUUCUAGAGUAUACG